AAAGAAAAUUUUGGGCUGCUCGCUCUUUGGGGUGACACUAACUUAUAUGGGCCGGGCCUGAGUAAUCCUUCCGAGCAAUGUCCGGAAAAAGCCCACAGACGACCUAGCCUGGCACUUGGCAGGCCCCCAGCAGAAGGGCUCGAAAUCCGACCAGGAGGCAGAAGGGUCCCAAUUUACAUAAGGAAUUAUUUAAUUUAUGAAAAAUUCCGCUUUACAUUUCUUGCGAGAGAAGAAGCAAAGCCUGUGUUCUGCUUCUGCAUUCUGGAAAAACAGGGUCCACCUCCGUAAAAAAAAAAAGAAAGCCUCGCGCCGCCGCCGCCGCCGAGGAAGGUUGAGGAAGAGGAUGGCCGAGGGCGGGGAAGAAGCCCGCCGCCGUGCUGCGAUCGCCGAGUACCGCAAGAAGCUCCUCACCUGCCGGGAGCUCGAGGCGCGGGUCAAAACUGGGAGGGAGAAUCUAAAAAAUGCAAAGAAAAACUUGGAAAAAACUGAAGAGGAUCUAAAAUCACUGCAAAGUGUUGGUCAAAUUAUCGGUGAAGUGCUUCGACCUUUGGACAAGGAACGAUUUAUUGUCAAGGCUAGCAGCGGACCACGUUAUGUUGUUGCCUGCCGAAGUAAAGUUGACAAAGAAAAGUUGAUUGCUGGUACACGAGUUGUUCUUGACAUGACAACACUUACCAUUAUGCGCAUUCUGCCACGUGAGGUCGACCCUGUGGUUUACAACAUGCUACAUGAAGAUCCUGGCAAUGUAAGUUACUCAGCUGUAGGUGGGUUGUCAGAUCAAAUAAGGGAACUCAGAGAAUCCAUUGAAUUACCUCUUAUGAACCCAGAAUUGUUUCUCCGUGUCGGGAUUAAACCGCCGAAGGGCGUGCUGCUCUACGGUCCACCUGGAACUGGGAAGACGCUCCUAGCUAGAGCCAUUGCUAGCAACAUUGAUGCUAAUUUUUUGAAGGUGGUGUCAAGUGCUAUCAUUGAUAAAUACAUUGGUGAAAGUGCACGCUUAAUUCGUGAAAUGUUUAACUAUGCACGUGAGCAUCAGCCAUGCAUCAUUUUCAUGGAUGAAAUUGAUGCCAUUGGUGGCCGAAGAUUUAGUGAGGGCACAAGUGCAGAUCGUGAGAUUCAGAGGACAUUGAUGGAGCUUCUAAAUCAGUUAGAUGGAUUCGAUGAGCUUGGGAAGGUGAAAAUGAUCAUGGCAACCAACCGGCCUGAUGUUUUGGAUCCUGCACUCCUUCGACCUGGUCGGUUGGACAGGAAGAUCGAGAUCCCACUGCCGAAUGAACAAGGGAGGAUGGAGGUCCUCAAGAUUCAUGCAGCUGGCAUCGCAAAGCAUGGGGAGAUUGACUAUGAAGCUGUAGUCAAACUAGCUGAGGGCUUCAAUGGAGCCGAUAUGCGCAACUUGUGCACAGAAGCCGGCAUGGCUGCUAUCCGAGCGGAGCGUGACUAUGUCAUUCACGAGGACUUCAUGAAGGCUGUGCGCAAGCUGAAUGAUGCCAAGAAGCUCGAGUCCAGUGCGCACUACAGUGCUGACUUCGGCAAGGAUUGAACGGGGUAUCAGUGUAUCACCUGAUCCGGAGCUGUUCUGAUCAUAUUGCAAACUGUGUUAGGCUGUAUUCAUCUUAUCCUGGAUGGAAGAACUCUCAUCCAGACGCCCUGGGAGCAAGAGCAAGCAAACUCUUGAUUUUUCUAAAUUCUAUCUGAUAUCUGAUAGAUUCCAGGAUGGUUGUGGAGGGAAAUUUGGCAGUUGGAUAGAUUCCAGGAUGGAUGUGGAGGGACAUCUGGCAGUUGGGUCAUGGAUGUAGUCUGUAGACGUCCAAAUUCAUGUGAAGCUCUUGUUCUUGCUUUUUAUCUCUCAAUACAGGGUGCGUUCUUUUGCUUAUGGUAUGGAUACAUACUCCUUUACAUUA